CGAUAAAGCAAUGAUUUAAAACUCAGUGGACCCAUACGUGGCGAAUCGUGCGGUGCAGAUGAAAGCGCCACGAAUCCGGGAUGGAGAAUCCCACGCACAAUUCUCAUUUUUGCUUUCCCCUCUAAUGAAUAUCCCACGCGAUUCCAGUUAUCUGGCUCUCGGUCUUAUCGAGAGACUGUCUAGCUGCUGAAUCUUUUCCUACAAGCCCUAACUCGUCCGAUUCGACUCAGAAGCUUCGGCUCUGGCCAUGCGACUUUGGUUCUCUGCGAUCUCCCUCUCGAGAGAGGAAUCUUUGAAUAUCGCUCAGGUUUCUCUAUUUUCUCGCGAGAAUUUCAGCUAUGCCUGCAGAAUCUCAUGCUCCUAGCCCCAGGGGCCUCCUCUGUAAUGCUGGCGCAGGCGCUGCGGCCGGAGUCAUUGCGGCUACGUUUGUGUGCCCUUUAGAUGUUAUUAAGACGAGGUUUCAGGUUCAUGGGCUGCCUCAGCUGGGUAAUGGAAACAUUAAAGGUAGUCUCAUUGUUGGGAGUUUGGAACAAAUAUUUCAGAAGGAGGGAUUGCGAGGCAUGUAUCGUGGGCUUUCUCCCACAGUCCUAGCAUUGCUUCCAAACUGGGCAGUGUAUUUUACAAUCUAUGAGCAGCUCAAGAGCUUUCUUUGUUCCAAUGAUGAGAAUCAUCAACUUUCAAUUGGUGCCAACAUGAUAGCUGCCUGUGGUGCUGGGGCUGCAACAACCAUUGCUACAAAUCCCCUUUGGGUUGUGAAGACCAGACUUCAAACUCAAGGAAUGAGAGCAGGUGUUGUACCAUAUAGCAGUACUCUUUCAGCUUUGAGGAGAAUUGCUUAUGAGGAGGGUAUUCGUGGAUUAUACAGUGGGCUUGUGCCGGCAUUGGCUGGUAUCAGUCAUGUGGCCAUCCAAUUCCCAACAUAUGAAAAAAUCAAAAUGUAUUUGGCAAGUCGAGAAAACACUACAAUGGAUAAACUCGGUGCUCCUGAUGUUGCUGUUGCCUCAUCUGUCUCCAAAAUAUUUGCAUCUACACUGACAUAUCCACAUGAGGUGAAUGAAACUGUGAAGGGAAGCAUCUACAACUAUAAUGAGGAGAAUUUUCUAAUGAAAUCCUAUAAAAGCUUUUUUGAGUCUAUUUAAUGUUUUAUUGUUUUUUCUAGGAGGGGAAAAAGGCAUAUAGCAUUUUUUCACGUACCAGCUAUUGAAUAUUUCUCUUUCAGCCUUCAAACAACCCUCUAAAAAAAAAAAAUCCAUGCUUUCUAAAGUAAAUUACUCCGACCGAAAAUUUUCUUGGAGAUAUAAUAGAUAAGAAUUAGGACUUGUUAUCUAGAAAGCCUAUAUCAAUCAAUGAUUUUCUUGCAGGAGUUGGUUUCCUUAAACUGGCCUUGUGCACCACUCUGAUGCUAUGAUACUAGCUUUAAUUAUGAGAAUAAGGAUGUCAUAGCUUUUCCAUUUUGAAUUGGCACCAUCAGAACAUUUUACAGUGUUUCUAUCACAACUUUCUGAGUUCACAACAUAAAUCCUAUUAUCUAAUUCCAAUCUGUUAAAAUGCAUUCUUGUUGUAUAAGAUCCUUUUUUUUUUUUUUCGUCUUUACCAAUUUUACAUGGUUUCAGCUCCCUUUGCCUUUUUAGAGCCUUCAAAUGUCAAUGCUAAUUUCUUUUAAUUUCACUCCUGAGGCCCAGUUAAUUGAACUUUUGCUCCUGCAUUUUGAGCCCUUCAGGAUUUUUUGUAUGAAUGUUUGACUGAGGUUCUUUACUGGUUUGUUGGCAAUUUGGACAGACUGAAUUUAUCCUCCUUUCAUUAUAUUUAGAUGGCGAAAUUUAUUUUUGCAUAUGCAGGUGGUACGAUCAAGGCUUCAAGAACAAGGGCAUCACUCAGAAAAGCGUUACUCCGGUGUAGUUGACUGCAUUAAAAAGGUAUUGCAGCAAGAAGGCCUUGCUGGUUUUUACCGUGGGUGUGCCACCAACCUCUUGAGGACUACCCCAGCUGCUGUAAUCACAUUCACCAGUUUUGAAAUGAUUCACCGGUUUCUUGUCAAUCUACUCCCUCCUGAUCCGCAUCCUCACACAUUGUGAAUAUGGGCCAAACUGGAAAAGAGCAUCUGGUGUUGAUGAAGCAACAUGCACUAGAAUGCAUUCCUCAGCAGAUGUCAGGUCAGCACAUUUUUUUAGGUGACAAUUCAGUUUCUAGUUUCGUAAUGUAUUUUUAUUAUUUAUGAUAGACUUAGUAACAUUUAAUGCAAUUUCGGCCCUCAUUUAAUUGUGUAAAACAUCAAGUGCACUGGAAAAAUGAGGAGUAUUUUAUACUGAAAAAUGAAUAAUAAUGAUGAUAAAGUGGACAUUUAGAAA